AUGUCAGGGGACAAAGCUUUUGUUGAAUUCCUGAGCGAUGAAAUUAAGGAGGAAAAGAAGAUACAGAAGCAUAAGACCCUCCCUAAGAUGUCUGGAGGUUGGGAUCUGGAAGUGAAUGGGACAGAGGCCAAGUUGUCCCGGAAUGUUGCUGGAGAGAAGAUCACAGUCACUUUCAACAUUAACAAUAGCAUCCCACCAACAUUUGAUGGGGAGGAGGAGUCCCAGGGGCAGAAGGCUGAAGAACAGGAGCCUGAACUGACAUCCACUCCCAACUUCGUGGUUGAAGUUAUAAAGGGCGGUGGCAAGAAGGCCCUCGUGCUGGACUGUCACUAUCCAGAAGAUGAGGUUGGACAAGAAGAAGAGGGGGAGAGUGACAUUUUCUCCAUCAGGGAAGUGAGCUUUCAGUCCACUGGCGAAUCUGAAUGGAAGGACACAAAUUACACACUCAACACAGAUUCCCUGGACUGGGCCUUAUAUGACCACCUCAUGGAUUUCCUUGCGGACCGAGGGGUAGACAACACUUUUGCAGAUGAGCUGGUGGAGCUCAGCACAGCCCUGGAGCACCAGGAGUACAUUACUUUUCUGGAGGACCUCAAAGGUUUUGUGAAGAGCCAGUAG